AAAGACAAAAGAAUAUACAUAUAUAUUAAUCUGAAUAAAGAAGAGAACGUUGACCAUCUGUAUGAAUAGACACGCAAAUAUUGCUUAUUAUUUAUUGAUUAGGUAAUUAGAGCAAGAAUAAAAAAGAUUGAUUAUUUAAAAUUCUUUCUCAACAUUAAUAUCGAAUGAGAAUAGAGCGUUCUUUUCUUCUUUUUUUUUUUUUUUUUCUUUUGUGUUGUUGGUAUUCUGACAUAUCAACAUACAAACAUUAUUUCAGUUGAUUAGAUCGAAAAAUAAUUAUCAAGUUGAAGGUUAGAAGAAAUGUUAUAAUGUGUCUGUUUUCAUUCUCUUUUAGCUAAGUAAAUUACAAUCAGAUAUUGUGAUCAAUAUAGCUUGACUGACAUUUCUGUUGGUAUUUUUUUUUCCUUUCUUGAUCAGGUUUAUAUAAUUAUAAAGAAGAAUUAUUGGUCUAUUUUUAUCCAUCAAUAAACGUUUAUAUUCAUGCAGCUGUUGUUUCGUUUGUACCUAUCUUAUAAGACUAAUUUCUUUUCUUUUCUUUUCUUUUCCUUACUACAAUUUUCUUUCAAUUAAGGCCAGUCAGUUUUUGGCUUGUUGUGUCUGAUGAUCAAUUUAUCGUUCACAUUAAAGCAAAAAGAAAAAAAAAAAAGAAAAAGAAUAUGUAUAUAUCCAUGUCAGUCUCACAUACAUGUCGACUAAUUGCUUUCAUAGCAAAAGACACAUUAGCUUGCUCAUUUAUAAAUAUGUGAAGAAUCUUUCGGUUAUUGAUGGGCUUAUUAUAUGUUUUGUUUUAUAUGCGUACAAACGAGAUGGAUCAACAAUUAGUGUGUGUUUCCAUAUUUUGAUUCAAAGGCAAAUGCUUGAUCAUCAUCAAAAGAUAUAUAUAUAUAUACACAGAAUGUCGCAAAAGAAACAGCACAGCUCGCGGCAAUAUCGAUUAUUUGCUACUAAUUGCAUUGUUUAGAGGCAGAUGGUUGACGAGAAAAUAAAUGAACAUCUUAAAGACAAAGAUUUCUUUUUAUGGACUAUUCUAUUUCACUUAAGAAAUAAAAAUGAGAAUUUCCAGCUGCUGUCAAUCAUUAUUAUUAAAAUAAAAUCAGCUUAAAAAGCAUAGUUUUAUAUAUAUAUAUAUAUUCUAUAUCAGUCUUAUCCAAUAUGUAAGGCACGAUUUUUGUUUUAUAGUCAAAAAGAAUAUUAAAACGAUGAACUUCGCUCUAUUUCUUUUUCUUUUUCUUCUUCUUCUUCUUCUUCUUCUUCUUCUUAUCAAUAAGAAGGUCGAUCAAAUCGAGCAGAAAGCCGGUCGAUCACUUGUAUAUGUAUAUCUUGAAAAGCUUCAUCGAUCACAAUUACAAGUUAUAGCUAAGAGAGACAGAGAAUAUAGUCUUUCUUUUUUCUUAAUAGAGACAAAUAAACAAAUCAUCGUUGUAUAUAUAUAUACGCUCGAUUAGAAUAAUUCUUCGGGAGGAGAAGCAAAUUAUUGAUAAAUUUCCUGUCUUGUAGUGAAUUAGUCUAAUGAAAAAAGUCGUUCUUUUUUCUAGCUCUAUGAAUUAUCCGACGAACCAAAACGUAAAGAAUUUCUUGAUGAUUUAUUUGCAUUCAUGCAAAAACGUGGUACUCCGGUUAAUAGAAUACCUAUUAUGGCUAAACAUGUACUUGAUUUAUAUGAAUUAUUUCGUUUGGUUGUUGGUAAAGGCGGUUUAGUUGAAGUCAUUAACAAGAAAUUAUGGCGUGAAGUGACGAAAGGCCUUAAUUUACCAAGUUCGAUUACUAGUGCUGCAUUUACUCUACGUACACAAUAUAUGAAAUAUUUAUAUCCAUAUGAAUGUGAAAAAUUACAAUUAAGUUCACCAAGUGAAUUACAAGCAGCUAUUGAAGGAAAUCGACGUGAAGGUCGUCGACCAUCAUAUACAUUUGAAUAUUCAUCACCGCCACAAAUCAUGCCUCCACCACCACCACCAACAACAACAACAGCAGCAACAGCAAAUUCUUUUCUUGCUAGUCCACUUGCACACAGACCAUUAGAUUCAAAUCAUGCUGCUAUGGCUGCUGCAUUAUCUCAUCCAUUUUUUCUUGCAGCUGCAGCCGCAGCAUCAUCAUCAUCAUCGCGGGAUGUUAAUGAAACAACAUCAACAACUUCACGAAUAUCUUCAUUUGAUGAUCAUCAUCAUCAUUUAACAUCUCCAUCAAUAAUAAAACGAAGUAUUUCACCAUCAUUUUUAUCUAAACAAAAUGAUGAUAAUGCAAAAAAAUUUGUUUCAACAAUAAAUAAUAAUUUAAUUCAUCCAAAUUGUUUUACACCUUCAACAACAAAUAAUUCAUCAUUAUUAUCACAAGUUAGUAAAUUAAAUAUAAUUGCAAAAGAGAAUAAUCUUCAACAACAAUCAAAUGAAAAAUCAAUUCAACUUUCCAUUGAAUUAAAUGGAAUUGCUUAUCAGGGCACAUUAUAUGCAACAACAUGUACCGGUAGCAAAGAGUGA